ACAUAAAAUACGAUAAAUCAUUCAACCAUCACUGGAAUUCAGGGAAAGCAGAGUUGAACGCCAUGGAAUUGGUGUUUAUGCUUUGGAGGAUCACAUCUACUAUCUUGUUAGUAGGAUUGAUUGGCUUGAUCAUACGCCUGUAUGAUUCACUUGUAUCCGAGCCCGAAAGGCAACGUUCGAAGCUGCACAAGCAAGGGAUUCGAGGUCCUCGACCGUCGAUUUUGAUCGGUAACCUGCUGCAGAUUGGGAAGACAGGAUCCAAGGUUUCAAAUAUGGCAGAAGAAGGGAAACAAGUGAUAACCCAUGCUUGUUGUGCUUAUGUUUUACCAUUUCUUGAUAAGUGGAGACAACAGUAUGGUCCAACAUUUAUGCUUUCAAUGGGGAAUAUACAGGUUUUGCAUAUGAGUCACCCGGAUGUUGUGAAAGAAAUGACAGCAUACACUUCUUUUGACUUGGGAAGGCCUUCCUAUCAGAAAAAAGGGCUUUUUCCACUGUAUGGUGAGGGAAUUCUGCAUGCAAAUGGUGCAGUAUGGGCACAUCAAAGGAAAGUGAUGGCUCCUGAAUUCAACGUGGACAAAGUCAAGGGUAUGACGAAAUUAAUGGUAGAGUCGGCAGUUUCGGUAGUAAACGAGUGGAAUCGUAUGAUCAAAUCGGAAGGGGGUGUUGCUGACAUAAAGAUUGAUGAAUAUUUGAGGAACUUCUCUGGAGAAGUGAUCUCAAAAGUUUGUUUUGGAAACAAUUGUAAAGAGAUUAUCACAAAGCUCAGAGCACUUCAAGAAAUUGCAUGCAAGAAAGUAGUGUUGCAAGGGAUUCCUGGGCUAAGAUCGCUACCAACUAAAAGCAAUAGAGAAAUGUGGAGUUUAGAGAAGGAAGUUCACUCAUUAAUCUUGAAGGAAGUGAAAGGAACAACAUCAGAGAAGAACAUAUUACAAGUGAUCAUUGAAGGAGCAAAGAAGAGUAAUUUAAGCCAAGAUGAAAUGGACAAUUUCGUCGUUGAUAACUGCAAGAACAUAUGCUUUCCGGCCUACGAAAAUGGUGCCGUGCCGGCAAUUUGGACCUUGAUGUUAUUGGCAUUGUAUCCAGAGUGGCAAGACAAAGUUCGGGCAGAGGUUAUUGAAAUUUGCGACGGACAAUUGCCGAGCUCCAGCAUGCUUAACAAGAUGAAAACACUCACAAUGGUGAUCUACGAGACAUUGCGACUUUAUCCUCUCGGCUGCAUGCUUACUCGGGAGGCGAUUCAAGACACGAAAUUAGGAGACAUUGAUGUGCCUAAAGGAGUUUGCAUUUGGGUAACGCUGAUGCCACUUUACGAAGACCCCAGUAUUUGGGGACCUGAUGUCCACAAAUUCAACCCCCAAAGGUUUGGCAAUGGGAUCAAUGGUGCAUGUCAGCUUCCGCAUGUGUACAUACCAUUUGGCACCGGACCUCGUUCAUGUUUCGGGCAGCAUUUUGCCAUGGCGGAACUCAAGAUACUAGUCAGCCUUUUACUGUCAAACUUCACGUUCUCACUGUCGCCAAAAUAUAGACAUUCUCCGGUUAUGAAUUUAAUUAUUGAGCCUGAAUUUGGUGUGGAUCUCUUAGUUAGGAAAGUUUGAGGCAUUUGUCAUAUGGUUUUGCUGUAAAUGGUUAAUUGUGUUCCCUGGUUGGUGAUCACGAGUCUUUUAUAUAUAUAUAUAGUUUUUAUUUUUAGUUUUUGAUAACAGAA